AUGCAUCUUAACCAGGCUGUUGAAAAUAACAACUAUAAUGUCUUUCUUAAUUCAUCGAGUCGUGAACCAUCACUAGCAUCUCAUUAUCGCGUGGGUUUCGAUGCUGCUUCAACAUCAUACUUGAGUAAUCAAGCUGUAAAGAUUGAUGUACCAACAUGCAAAUCUGCUCGUAUAUCUGUUGGUUCAUGUUCCAGUUCAUGGAAAAAGAUAGGAAACAGUCCUUAUGCACAUUGCGGUAGGUAUUCUAAGAAGCUUUUCCUUUUAAAUGGAGCUAUGCAUUGGGUAACAGGAAAGGUUAUAGGUACAGGUGACCAACGGGCAAUGCUUAUUGUUUCUUUUGAUGAUAUAGCUAAAGAGAAAACCAAAGAAAUCCAAAUACCAAGUUGCUUGUUUGAUAAAACAUCCAUGUUUAGACAUGAAAGGAUCGGUGUGCUUGAAAAGGACCUUUACUUCUCAGUUUAUGUUUCAGGCAUAUUCGAGUUAUGGGUCAUGAAGGAUUACGGCGUUGUAGAUUCUUGGACUAAGAUUCUGAGUAUUCAAGAAGAUAUGAGAAAUUUUCGUAUCUGGAGGGCACUGCCAUCUUACAAUAAGAACCGGGAGAUCCUAUUCAACUGUUCUCGUCUACAAGGUAAGCAGUAUGAGAGUGCUUUAAUGUCAUAUGACCUGAAGAAUGGAAGAAGGUGA